UGGUCAAAGUUGACAUUUGCAAUUUUCUUCGCCCGUGUUGUGAUUGCAAGUGCAAAAGAAACUUCUGCGGUCGUCGAAUCAAAUCAAAAUGAAGCUGCUAAACAAUGUGCUGCUGAAACGCACGUCCACAUACUUGGUCGGAAUUGCGGGAUGUGUAUUUUUCUUCGAGCGCGGCUUCGAUAUGAUUACCGAUGUGGUGUUCGAAUCCCAUAACAAAGGGAAAUUGUGGCAAGACAUCAAGCACAAGUACGAGCAGUAAGGAUUGAAAACUACAUUACAAUGAAACAGCUUAUCGUUUAUUGAUGUAAUAAACCGUAGCUCACUAAACCACCAUGUAA